CAGCCGUGAGCGGGGCCCUGCUUCUCCCUCGGCGCUGGUCUGCGGGGGUCAGGGUGGCGGCCAGCAUGGCCCCUGAGCUCCCUCUGCUCCCCCUGCGCCUCUCUUAUGCCUGUACCCUGCUCGGGGCUCUGGCCACCCAAGAGGUGCGGCAGCUCCCCCCCUACACGAUUGCCUCCGAGGGGGGCUCCAUCAACAUCACCUGCUCCACGAGCGGGCCCCUGGCCGGGGUCUACCUGAAGCAAAGGUGGCCAAAGUCCACCAGCGUGAUUUACUAUGAAGACAAGAAGCAGCCCACGAUAGACGAGUGCUUCCAAGGUCGCGUCGCCUUCUCCGGGCUGCAGCAUAACCUGACCAUCACGCUGAGCCGCCUGCAGCCGGCCGACGCUGGGGCUUAUGUCUGCCAGGCCGUCAUGGACGACGUGGUCUGGGGCCCUGGCACCCUGGUGCUGGUGACAGAUGAAGUGUCCCAGGAAGCACACACAUGCCAGAAGUCUCAGCUGACCUCGGCCUUCCCUGUGGUCCUGGCUGCGAGCUGCUUCUUCCUCGGGCUGGCAAUAGGGGCAGCGUGUGUGCUAAGGAAGACACAGGUCAAGAGACUGUGCUGCGCGGAGGACAAGAACUCAGCAUGUGUGGUGUACGAGGACAUGUCCUGUGGAGGCCCAAACAGGAUGUGCACCCCCAAUGAGUACCAGUGAGCCCAGCAGGACCCUCUCCAAGCCUCCCCCUGCCCAGGCGCCGCUCACAGAAGACCACCUGACCCACCAAGGUCACACCAGCAGCUCCCUGCAGCCAUCAGGCUCCUGGCGUCCCGGGGCCUCCUCUAGGAAGCCUUCCUUGCCUACCUCCUGCCUGCCAUACUGCCCUACCCGGCUGGUUCUGGCACGCUGGGCCCACCAGGGAGGAAGCCUGUGUCCUGCUGCUGGCUGCCCUUCCCCCACACGGCGGAGGCGGGAGGAGCUCAGCAGAGGGCCAAGAGGCAGGGGAAGUCCAGUCCCAACCCCAACGCAGGCUUGCCAGAAAUAAAGCUUCUC